AUGUCUGACGACGUUAUUUGGCAAGUUAUAAACCACCAGUUCUGUGCCUUCAAGAUAAAGACAGAUAAAGAACAGAAUUUCUGUAGAAAUGAAUAUAAUGUUACAGGUUUUUGUUCAAGACAAUCAUGUCCAUUAGCCAAUGCAAGAUAUGCCACGGUUAAAAAUAUCGAAGGAAGAUUAUAUUUAUACAUGAAAACCGCCGAAAGAGCCCAUUUACCUUCUAAGAUGUGGGAAAGAGUCAAGUUACUGAAAAAUUAUAAUAAAGCAUUAGAACAAAUUGAUGAUCGAUUACAAUAUUGGCAAAAGUUUUUAAUUCAUAAAUGUAAACAAAGAUUAACCAGAUUAACUCAAGUAGCCAUAACGGAAAGAAGAUUAGCAUUGAGAGAAGAUGAAAGACAUUAUGUUGGAGUCAAACAUAAAGUUAAAAGAAGAGAAGAGAAUAGAGAAAGAAAAGCAUUAUCAGCAGCAAAGAUUGAAAAAUCUAUCGAAAAGGAAUUAUUAGAAAGAUUGAAGAGUGGUGCAUAUGGUGAUAAACCUUUGAAUGUUGAUGAUAAGAUUUGGAAGAAGGUAUUAAGUAAAAUGGAUAACCAACAAGAAGAUAUCGAUGAUGAAGAUGAUGUUGAUUUAGUCAGUGAAGAUGAAGAUGAAGAAAGUGAUGAAGGAGAAGUUGAAUAUGUUGAAGAUGAUGGAGAAGAUGAAUUAGUUGAUGUUGAAGAUUUAGAAAAAUGGUUAGAUGAUAGUUCUGAUGAAUCUGAAUCUGAAUCUGAAGAUGAUGACGAAAGUAACGAUAAUGAUAAGAAACGUAAAUCACAAGAUAAUAACAAUAAAAAGAAAAGACCAAGAGUGGAAAUUGAAUACGAACAUGAACCUGAAUCUACCUUACAAACUAAUAUCUUGUAUUAG